UCAUGAGGGGAAUCACUUUUGCAUUGCUCAUCACUUUUGUGGGGUGCCAGAAAAAUGAUCUGGAGCCUGUUUUUAGUGACGUCAAAACAUACCUAUACAACUAUGAAGGACUUAUUCUGAAUGGGCUGGAAAAAGAUAACUCAGCAAAGUCUGGCAUAAAACUAACAUGCAAAGUAAAGAUCAGCAAAGUAUCUGAGGAAAACCAUCUUCUUAAGUUGCUGUCUCCACAACUGGAAGAAUACAAUGGAAUCUGGCCCAGAGAUUCGUUCACCAAAGCGUCCAAAACCACUGAAAUACUUCAGCAAUGUUUUGCCCAAGUGUUUAAGUUUGAAUACAGAAGAGGUCACGUUGGAAACAUCUAUGCCCCUAAAGAUGUCGGCACUAUUUGUGUUAAUAUAAUAAAGGGCAUCCUGAACUUGAUGCAGAUAACCAUAAAGGAAUCAUUGGAUAUGUACGAACUACAAGAGCCAGGUGUUGGGGGCACCUGCUUCACCACAUAUCUUAUCCAAGAAAAAAGGAAAGACAGCAGAGUCAGCAUUCUGAGAAGCAAAGAUCUCAACAACUGCACAGAUAAAGUUGUGAAAGAUGUUGGAAUGACCUAUGUGAGGCCUUGCCCCACAUGUCCAGUGAAUAUCACAAACACAAGAGGGACUGUGGCAUUCAACUACAACCUGAAACGUACAGACACUGGAUCUCUGAUUAUACAAGCUGAAUCCCAGCAAAUUUAUGAGAUCUCCCCAUUCAAUGAAUUUCAUGGUACUGCUGUUAUGGUGGCAAGACAAAACAUGACUCUGAUUGAAACAAUCACCAACCAGGAAAGGAUGUCAGAGACACCGAUGCAAAACCAUGGGACCCUAUAUUACCAGUUUGAAGAAGACCUGUCGCAGAUGGCUUUGCAUCUGAUCAGAACCAACAACCCUGAACUGGCGAUUACAGAGAGGUUAGAACAAUUAGUUCAGCAGAACCAAAUACAAAUCCACGAAGAAACUCCAGCUAAGUUCUUGGAGCUUAUUGAGCUUUCUCGUGCAGCAACUCAUGAAAAUCUGGAAUCUGUUUGGAAGCAGUGUGCCAAAAGGCAGCAAUACAGGUAUUGGCUACUGAGUGCCGUUGCUGUUGCAGGCACCUCAGACACACUGGCAUUCCUGAAACAAAGAAUUCUCAGUGAGGACCUAAACGUCUUGGAGUCAGCGAUCACUCUCACUUUGGCCUUCCAUUUAACAAAAACUGAUAAGCUUACCUUCAAAGUAGCAGCAGAACUACUGACCAGCCAGGCUGUCCGAAAGUCCUUGAUACUUCACAAUCUUGCUUAUUUGGCAUAUGGUUCCAUGAUAAACAGGCAUUGUUGUGCCUCUCCACAUUGCCCUACUGAAAUUCUUCAGCCUCUCCAUGAUCUUGCCAUGGGGGCCUAUAAGAGCCACGAGGAAAAUGCAGCUCUGGCUCUGAAAGCCAUGGGCAAUGCUGGAGAACCUGCCAGCAUCAACUACAUCAAGAAAUUCCUGCCAGGAUUUUCAACUAAUGCUAAUGACCUGCCAGCGAGACUCCAGAGAAUUGCAAUCCAGUCCUUGAGGAAAAUAUCAAGAAAAAAAGCUGCAACAAUACGAGAAAUCACUUUUGAGAUCUUCAGGAAUCGCACUGUCGAUGCUCAAGCCCGAAUGGUGGCCUGCAUUGCUUUCUUUGAAACCAAGCCUACUCUCCCUCUAGUUACUGCCAUGGCCAGUUUUGUGGAAAAGGAAAACAACUUACAGGUUGCCAGCUUUGCAUAUUCCCACAUGAAGGCAUUGGCCAUGGGCAGGAUUCCACAACUCAAUAAUCUAUCUGCUGCUUGCAAAAUUGCCAUUAAACUAAUCAGUCGCAGGCUAGAAUGGCUGAGUAUUCGUUACAGCAGAGUUCUUCAUAUUGAUGGCUACAUGUCAAACUAUGUAGCUGGUGCACUUGGGAGAGUUUACCUCCUGAACAAGCCAAACACACUGUUUCCAAUCAUUUUUGCGAAGAUCAGAGGUUUCUAUGGUGCUGCAGCAAUGGAUAUUGUAGAGGUUGGUAUACGACUGGAAAACCUCUUUGAUGUGGUCAAAAGACAGAAUAUUCCUUUUGAGCAGUAUUCAACAUACAAAAAAAUUAAAGAACUUGGAAAACUGCUUCAAGGAUUGAAAGAAAUACCUUUAGAAAAUCCAGAGGUGGCAGCUUAUCUGAAGAUAUUUAGUCAUGAAAUUGCUUAUGGUCUUGCUGACAAAGAAUUUUUCCAAAAGGCCGAGAAGCUGGUGACCAGAUUAGGAGAACUGCUAACCACUCUGUUCCAAAAAGGCCUAGCAGGCAGAUGGACCCAGCCCAUAUUGGCAGGAGAAUUCCGACUCAUUGUGCCCACUUGUGUGGGUCUCCCGCUGGAAUUCGGGUUAUAUACCACUGGUGUGGUCCAUGCAGCAGCCAAAGUAAAUGGGCAGCUAUCCCCUGCUUUGACUAGUGACUUCAGAUCCAAACAGCUGCUUGAAACCAACAUAGAUCUUAGAGCUGAGAUUAACUCCAGUGUAUAUACCCAUUUAGUAGCAGUGAUGGGGAUCAACACACCACAUUUCCAGACUGGCCUUGAAGUGCAUGCUAAAUUCCAUGCAGAUGUUCCAGUGAAUUUUAAUGCCAACAUAGACUUGAAAGAGGAAAGAUUUAAAUUUGAGAGCACACCAGUACAACAGGAGACAGAGCUGCUGUCUAUAAGGACUAAACUUUAUAGAGUUUCAAGAUUUGCAGAUGAACCAAAGUUAGCUAAGAUGUUGCCACUUCUACCCGAAGUGCCUGGAUUUGAUGUUCUAGAUAAGUGCUUUAAGUCAUCAAAACUAUACGAUGUUCUGCAGCAAAAACCAAAGUUUGACAUUACAUCAAGAAAGUUCACAUACAACCUUGAAGAUAAUUUUCACCACAGCAAAACAGCAAUAUCAUAUCCAACAGCCUCUUAUGUCAAACUGCCAGCUUUAGGAUUUCAGACUUGUUUUACAAUGAAAAGGUGUAACACGGGUUUCCCUGAAGGAACAUACCUACACAAAAUCUUGGAAAAAUGUGAAAUCAAACUAGCCAUGAAACCAGUAGUUGCUAAAACCAAAAUACAGCUGGAUAUUAAAUUAGGAUCUGAAACAGAUUCAGAAAUAAACCAUGAGGAAUAUAAUGAAUCGUCUUCAGAAGAGAACCAAAGGCGUAAAGGGAAGAAGGGAAAGACCAAAGUAAAGAAGACUAGAGAAAAUGAACAAUUCAAUAUCUCAAGAACGAAUAAGCCAUCAGGGCUAGUUGCAACCCUCAACACCAUCCAGAAUAAUAAGAAGCUAAAAAUAUGUCAAGUUGUACUGGAGUCUGAUUUACAUUCUUCCAGACCUACAGUACACAUAUUUGUGUCAGAUCUCCAAGGAUACAAAAGAAUGAAAUUCUGUGGUGAUGUUUCCAUUCUCAGUUCUCAAAAUGCAGAGGGUUACCUGAAAUGGGGAAAGGAUUGUCGUGACUACAAAAUUUCAACAAAGAUUGCAUAUGGACAAUUGGCUGGUCACCCAGCUAUGCAGAUUAAGCUGGAAUGGCCCCAAAUUCCUUCAAGAAUAGAAGAAGUUGGAAGAGAGCUUUCCAUGCUCAUUCCAGGCACUGCUUACAUGCUGGGAUUCCCUGAAGUAGAACAGAAGAAUCCUUCACAACAGGCUUCUGUAAUUCUGGCUCUCACCUCUUCAAGGACCUGCAGUCUUGUUGCCAAACUACCUCAUGUUAUGAUCUAUGGCACCAACAUCAAGAUCCCUUUUGCACUUCCAGUAGAUCAAGAUCUAGGACCCUUAGCAAAGCAAUCCCAUGUCUGGAGUUUUAUCUCUGAUGUGCCACCUUCAGUCCUUGAAAAUCUGAAAGGUGUUUGUUCAAUAUCCCAAGAUAGUGUCACAACUUUCAAUGGUAUUACUUUUAACUAUUCAAUGUCUCCAAGCUGCAAUCACAUCUUGGCGCAAGACUGUAGCUCACAACUGAAGUUCCUGGUGAUGAGGAAAAAAGCAGAAGACCCUAAUGAUUUGAACACCAUUCACAUCAACCUUGCAAAUCUGGAAAUUGUCAUGGUUCUUUCAAAUGGGAUCGUUAAACUGUGGGUGGACGGUGCCGAAAUAUUGGCAGAAAAUCUCCCAUAUGUUUCCAGUUCUGCUGGGUAUAUCUUUAUCACCAAUGAGGAGAACGGCUUGUUAUUAAAAGCUCCAGAAAUUGGCAUUGAAAAAAUGUACUAUGAUGGAAACAUGCUUAAGAUUCAAGUACCUUUCUGGAUGACUGGGAAAACCUGCGGAAUAUGUGGAAGAUAUGAUGCUGAAUAUGAACAAGAAUAUAAGAUGCCCAAUGGAUACAUAGCUGAAAAUGCUAUGAGCUUUACUCAGUCGUGGACAGUCCCAGAUGAUUCUUGUGCCACAGAAUCUGCUGCCAUUCCAGCUUAAAGAACAGAAAAACAGUAGACCAAACCUUGAACAAGACAGAAGAUCUAAUUGAUGCUUGCACAGCAUGUUUCUAAGAACAGCCACAACAAAGAAUUUAAUGCUGCGGGGCCAAGGAUUAGAGGUUCCAGUGGUUUCCAGAUGGAAGACAAAUGUAUUUCUGAAGAGUCAUUAAAUGAAUUUAAACUGCAAAA